AUGGACUAUUCAGACAGAGUCAAUUCCAAGAAAGGAGCAGGAGGCAUCGCAGACAAACAUGAGGCCAACAUUCACACGAAAAGAAGAAUAAAAGAGCUUUUGACCUCGCAGGUGCUCGAUCUCGACAAUGAUCCUUAUGUCUUCAGAAACCAUCUAGGACUUCUAGAAUGUCGACUCUGCUUAACUACCCACACAAACGAAGCAUCGUAUAUCUCGCAUUUAGGUGGUCGAAAGCACACCAUGAACUUGGAGAAGCGUCGCCUUUUGGAUGAAAAACUAAACCCAAAGCCUCUGCAAAAUGGUAUGUCCGAGGUGGAAAAACGUCACUGGACGAAGAUCGGACGUCCCUCAUACAAGGUUACCAAAAUCAGACAUCCAGAAUUCCUCCGAAUGGGUAUUUUAGUGCAAGUGCAGCUUCCUCGCAUAGCGGUUAAAGAACCCUUUUUUCGAUUGAUGUCGUACUACGAGCUUUCAUCCAAGAACCAGAAUGUUGCCAAAUCGUUUCUCUUGCGAGACAAGCUGGAAUACGACGACACCGAUGACUUGGAUCCCAGCAAAUUCCAGUAUUUGGUGAUUAGCGCUGAACCGUACGAGAAUAUCUCAGUGGCAUUUCCUGCUCUGAAGCAGAUCGAUAAGCCCGAUGGUGAAGAAAUGUCUGACAACUAUUGGUGGUAUUGGGACGAGGACUCACGGGAUGUUGAAGAAAUCGCCUUAUCCUACAAUGGAGGAAAGGACUGUCUUGUCAUGCUCAUAUUGCUUAUGGCAUCCAUUCACAAAAAGUUCUCGUCGGAGUCGGUGGCUAACCCAAAGCUUAACUUGCUACCUAAAGAUUAUAGGCUCGACUCCAUUUUCAUCAACUCCGAGACUUCCUUCCCGGAGCUUACCGAGUUCAUCAAACUGUCCACCCAUUACUACCAAUUAAAUCCCAUUACCAUCAAAUCGUCCUUGAAGGAAGGUUUUGAGCAUUACUUGAACGAGGUCAAUACAAAGAUUAAGGUAAUUGUUGUGGGCAUCAGAUAUGCUGAUCCAUACGGAUCGCAAUUGCUGUACGAACAGGAGACAGACCACAACUGGCCAAAGUUUUUGCGUGUGCAUCCAAUCUUGCAUUGGCACUAUGUGGAUGUUUGGGAAUUUCUCAUAGCCUGUGACUUGCCUUACUGUAGUCUUUAUGAUGAUGGUUACACUUCGCUUGGGGGUGUCGAAACCACUGAGCGUAACAUGUUCUUACGUGUGGGAGACUCCUACUUGCCAGCAUACAUGUUAGAGGAGUAUGCGGAUGAGCGGGAGCGGGUAGGACGGAAAAAGAACUUGACUUGA